CAGGUCGGCCGAGUCGCGCGCAUAUGUAGUCCGCGCGGGCCGGCCUUUGGUCGCGGCGCUGGUGGGCGCAGAGCGAGCGGCAGCAGUCAUGACGGAGGGCACGUGUCUGCGCCGCAGAGGGGGACCCUAUAAGACACAGCCCGCCACCGACCUCAGCCGCUGGCGACUCAGCAAUGAGAGGGGAAGGCAGGUGUGGACGUAUUUUCAAGAGGACAGCCCUGACCGGGAGCAGACUGCGCUGGAAGCUCACUCCGUGGGGCUGGACACCGGGAGUUACUUUAAAGACUUGCCCAAAGCCCACACAGCCCGUGAGGGGGCUCUGAAUGGGAUGACAUUUUACGUGGGGCUGCAGGCCGAGGACGGCCACUGGGCGGGUGAUUACGGCGGCCCGCUCUUUCUCCUGCCAGGCCUCCUGAUCGUGUGCCACGUGGCGCACAUCCCUCUGCCGGCGGGGUACAGAGAAGAGAUGACGCGGUACCUGUGGUCCGUGCAGCUCCCGGAUGGCGGCUGGGGUCUCCACGGGCUUGCGUUGCAGCCUCAGGGCUGGAGCAGAGCAGUGAUGGCCUGUCCCCUGCAGAUCUCAAAAACCAUCAACAUGCUUGUGCGCUGGCACACGGACGGGCCGGCCUCCGACCCUUUCAAAGAGCACGUGUCCAGGAUUCCCGAUUACCUGUGGCUGGGCCUGGACGGCAUGAAGAUGCAGGCCCACGAGACACGGGCUGCCGUGUGUGGAGCUGUGACCAUCCCCUCCUGGGGCAAGUUCUGGUUGGCGAUCCUGAACGUUUACAGCUGGGAAGGCCUCAACACGCUCUUACCAGAGAUGUGGCUGCUUCCUGCCUGGGUGCCCGUGCACCCUUCCACACUGUGGUGCCACUGCCGGCAGGUCUACCUGCCCAUGAGCUACUGCUAUGCCAUCCGACUGAGCGCCCAGGAAGACCCACUCAUCCAGAGCCUGCGCCAGGAGCUGUACGUGGAGGACUACGCCAGCAUUGACUGGCCGGCCCAGAGGGCCAACGUGGCCCCUGACGACCUGUACACGCCUCCCAGCUGGCUGCUUCGCGUGGUGUUCGAGGAGGUCACGGGUGGUGGCAUCCAGAUCCUGAAGUGCUCUGACAGUUGUGUUCUGGGCACCAAUGGCUCGCAGGUCUGGGACACCUCGUUUGCCAUCCAGGCUCUGCUGGAGGCAGGUGCAGAGCACAGGCCCGAGUUCUCGUCCUGCCUGCAGAAGGCGCAUGAGUUUCUGCGGAUCUCACAGGUCCCGGACAACCCGCCCGACUACCAGAAGUACUACCGCCAGAUGACGAAGGGCGCCUUCUCCUUCAGCACUGUGGACUGUGGCUGGAUUGUCACCGACUGCACAGCGGAGGCCUUGAAGUCCGUCCUCCUCGUGCAAGAAAAGUGUCCUGUCACUACACACAUCCCGCCAGAGCAGCUCUUUGACGCCGUCAACGUGUUGCUGAGCAUGAGAAACUCUGAUGGGGGAUUUGCCACCUAUGAGACCAAGCGUGGGGGGUACCUGCUGGAGCUGCUGAACCCCUCGGAAGUCUUCGGGGACAUCAUGAUAGACUACACGUACGUGGAGUGCACCUCGGCCGUGAUGCAGGCGCUCUGGCAUUUCCACGUGCAGUUCCCUGAGCACAGGCCCCAGGAAAUCAGGGAGACUCUCGAGCGGGCCCUGGAGUUCUGUCGGCGGAAGCAGAGGCCCGACGGCUCCUGGGAGGGCUCCUGGGGGGUUUGCUUCACCUACGGCACCUGGUUUGGGCUGGAAGCUCUCGCCUGCAUGGGGCACACUUACCGCAAUGGGGCUGCCUGCGGGGAGGUCUCGAAGGCCUGCGACUUCCUGCUUUCCCGGCAGAUGGCGGACGGAGGCUGGGGGGAGGACUUUGAGUCCUGUGAGCAGCGGCGUUAUGUGCAGAGCGGCCAGUCCCAGAUCCACAACACAUGCUGGGCCCUGAUGGGGCUGAUGGCCGUCAGGCAUCCUGGCGUGGAGGCGCUGGAGAGAGGAGUCCGGUGUCUGCUGAGAAAACAGCUCCCCAAUGGCGACUGGCCCCAGGAGAACAUCUCUGGCGUCUUCAACAAGACCUGUGCCAUCAGCUACACGAGCUACAGGAACGUCUUCCCCAUCUGGGCCCUCGGCCGCUUCUCACGCCUGCACCCUGAUAGCGCCCUCGCAGGCCACCCUUGAGAGCAGGCCGGUGGGCGCCUGGCGGGUGGGUGGCUGGUAUGACCCCUGUCUCCCUGCCUUGCACUCCCCACUUCCGGAGUUAGUCCUGGGACCAGGCCAGGCGGGUGGGUGCUGGCAGUUUAGACGCUUUAUAUUUAGCUUAGCUUUGAGAAAAGCUCGAUGGGCCCAGAUGAGGGAAGGGACACGAUGAGCUGUGACACUGCAGAGGGUACAGCGUGGUGUGUCCUCGCCAUGGGCACUGGGCUGGGAGGGCUUCCUUGAUGACAGUUCUCAGGAGAGGAGCAGUCUGCCCCGUCCCGGUGCUGGGCUCACCCCAGGCCGGCUCUUCCUGCGUCUGCUGCCCCUUGGGCUGAGGAACGUGUCGGCUUUCCUAAGCAGCCUGGUGGGGAGAGGCCACGGGCUUGGCGAGGCGUGGGGAACAGCAGGGCUCGCCGACCUGCCCCUGAUCUCGUUUGCCCAUGCGAUACCACGGUGCUGCCAGCGUGGGUGCCAGCAUCCCACCUCCAGGGUUUAUAGUCGUCCUGUAACGACAAAUUCUCAGGGAGACCAAGCAUGACAGGCUGACCGGGCAUCAACAGCUCUGUGGUUACCCGGUGUGGCACUGCUCUGCACCCCAGUCUGUCACCGCUCCUGUAGCCGGCCAGGUAGGCGUGACACCCAGGUCACCCUCGUGGCUGCCGAGACCCUCCUGUCCCUGUCUGCUCUGAGCUCAAGUGGGAGUGACUUCCGGGCGAUGCCUUUUGGCAAGUUGCCCUCUGGUUUCUAAACCUGCCUGGUUUGCCAGGCAGGGACUGGGGGCUCGGAUUCGGGAGUCCAGGUGUGGGUUUGCCCUUGACCUACACGGACAGGCAUCUCUCGUGCUCAGGGCCUCCCUGGGGAUGGAGCUGUGGAGACACCAAGAGCUCUGGUGAGAAUAAAGCCCAAAGCCCCACCCAGCGCCACCUCUACCUGCAGUUCCUGUGUACCACCCCCUGCACAGGCGGCAGCUGCUGUGCUCUCCCCGGACAGUGGAGAACCACCCGGAUGCCCCUCUGCCCCUGUCGUUCCCAGCCCAGAGACUAGUAGGGCUCUCGCCGAGGCUUCCCACACGUGGCCUUCUUCUUGCAGCCCUCGUGACCCUGGGGCACUGUCCCUGACCAUCGGGCACUCGCUGGCUUCAGGGCCCUCGCCUGAGCUUCCCCUCCCCUGACCUUUCGCCCCUGGGGUCCCGCUUCUGCCUGCUCUGAGCCCUGCAGGGCCGGCCGGCCCCACAGGCUGCCACACUGGCACAGAGCCGGAGUUCACUGGGUGCCUGCUGCUCAGACAUUUCACUCGGGUCUGUCUGGUGACGGAACCGUGUUGAAUCCCUUUGAGAUCUGCUGGGUUUGCUCUUGCCCCCUUUUUUAAAAAUUUGGAAGUUUUUUCUUUUCCAGGUUUACAUUCAAUAUUAUAUUUGUUUCAGGUGCACAGCAUAGCAGUUAGACAUUUAUAUAACUUACAUAGUGAUCCCCCUAUUAGUCCAGUCCCCACCCGACACCAGUCUUUCCAUGUUAUUGACUGUAUUCCCUGUGCUGUGCGUUGCAGCCCCGUGACUGCUCUGUAACUGCCGAUCUGCUUCCUGACCCCGCCCCCUCACCCAGCUCCGCAACCACCCUCCCGUCGGGCAGCCGUCAGUUUGUUCUGUCUUUGAGUCUGCUUUUGUGUGUUCAUUUAUUUUGUUUUUUAGAUUCCACACAUAAAUGAGAUCACACGGUAUUUCUUUCUGAUUGAGGAGAUUUUCUGUAUUAUGCUGGGAAACUUUCUCUUGGCCAUAGUAGGUUUUUCUGUGUUCACCGUGAUGUACUUCACACCCUUCCCUUUGAGGGAUUCUUUAACUAGAAAUAUGUGACUGACUCACAGUGGGAACUUCCCUCUAGGAAAAUUAUUUUCCUGACUGAACAGAAUCACUAUUGUUACACAGACUUAAUUUGAUUUAGGCAAUAAAAAUGUGUGAAGAGUCA